AUGGCUGCUCAAUCGGGCCCCCGCCAAAACGAGUACUUUGUGCCUCGCGACGGUAUUGACCGCGAGGUCAUUACUGCGGACAUCUGCCGCUAUCUCGGCAACGAUGCUCUUGUCCGCCCGGGAACGUACGAUGAAUCUCACAUCGGUGCGUGGCUAAUUGAGCCUACCAAAACUGAACAAGAACCAAACAACGACGAUGGGCGGUUGCUGAUGUUUUUUUUCUUCCCUUUCCGACUGCAGGCCAUGAUUGCCGAUCUGAAGGCCGACUCACAACGGUGGGACCAAGAGCGAAGGAAACAUGGGUCUAGCCAAAAUGGUACUCAGAUACCGAGAGAUUCACAUGGCCUUCCUUCGAGAAGAUCUAACUCUCCUACAGUUCGAUACACGGAAUCGCAAACGCGCUUCCAGCAGCAGGGUGACCACAGCUACGGCAGCGGUGGCUACCAGAACCUGAGGUACCCGGGCAACGAGGCCCCUGGCUACAGCUCUUCGAGCACAGCUGGUGCCUCGUCCUCUUACCCCGCCUAUUCCAGCGGAGGUGGUAUGUAUCCUGGUCAGUAUGCAGGCCAGUCGCCGCAAUACUCGUCGCCGAGUACUGCCGACCCCCGGUAUGUGGCUGCCCCCGUGCCCGGGUCCAUGGGCGCCGCAUACCAGAUGCAGACGGAGCCGGUCGCGGUCGGGGCCUACCAACAUGGGAGCAACUACCGUGUCUCGGACCAGUACAGCGCCGACCGGAUGAACGUGGACUCGGGACCGCGGUACACUACCUCUGCGCAGCAGCAGCCCUACCAGACCAGCCAGGGCUAUGCCUACCAGCAGGCCCCUGCGGGCAGUGCCGGGUACGCGCAGCCCGUCGACAACUUCUACGGCCGUGGUGCGUAUCCUGCUACAACAACUCCUACCACGCAAGCGCCAGCGUCUGAUUUCUUAGCAUCUCCAGCAAGCAACCUGCCCGUAGGCUACAGCCCGACUCCAGAUCCCACACAGUAUGAAGAAUCCCAACCCCAGCCCCCUCUCUCUCGCCCUGCGACCAAGGUCUCCUCCAGUGCACAGGCUCAAACCGGCAGCAGCGGAUCCGGCCGAAGAGAUCGCGACCAGCGCGAUUCCCGCGAUGCGACCGAGAAGCGUUCCCGACACCACCACUACCGGUAA